GCAGCUAUAUUCAGAAACCAGCUCCAUUUCUGUUAACAGUGGAUACGAAAAGUAGUAGCAAAGAAAUCGUCUAUCGUAGUGGUCGUUCAUUCGUUGAUGUCUCGCUUAAAAUAAUUGAGUAUACUUUUUUAGUAAAUUCGCUGCUAAUUUUUUACGGGCAUUCGCUUUGCGGUUGAAUGAAACUUGCGCAGCAGCAGCAACGUUCUCUGACGUCCCCGAUCCCAUCGCCGUAGUUUUGCUUAUACAAGUAUGUGUAUAUGUACAUACAUACAUAUUUUCUGGUUCUAUGUGAAAAGUAGACCACAUUGCAGACACCGGAAGUGAAUAUUUUACGUUGACAAAUAUUCAACGAAUGAAAUAUAAUUAAUGCAAAAAGUUAAUGAAAAUAGAUUAAAAACUUUUUGCCAGUAAUGUCGGAGAGUAGUACAGCGAUCAAACUUUUAAAUAAAAAAGGUUUAAAUCCAAAAUAUAAUUUAGUGCUACAAAUUGUGUUAUUCCCGAUUAACGUGUAAAAUAAACAAACAACGGCAACCCCAAAGUGCUAAAGUGUGCUCAAAUUUCCCUCGAUUAAAUAAACGAAAUGCACCUGAAAAAGAAAUACGAGGAAAGAGACGACAACAGUGUGGAGCAAACAAGCAUUAGUUAUGGAUCCAACAUGGCCGAUAACACACGGGAAGUUCGAAUUGAAGAGCAAUUGAAAGUUAAAAUUGGCGAAGCUAAAAACCUGAGUAGUCGCAAUGCGGCCAAUACCAGCUGUAGCACACAAGGCGUACGCGAUGUGUACUGCACGAUCGCGCUCGAUCAGGAAGAAAUUUGCCGCACCCCCACCAUCGAACGCACAUUGGCGCCAUUUUUCGGCGAAGAGUAUCAAUUUAAAAUACCACGACGCUUUCGCUAUCUCUCCGUAUAUGUGUGGGAUCGUGAUCGUCACAUGAAACAGGACAAGCCGAUCGGUAAAAUAGCAAUUAAGCGCGAAGAACUGCAUAAGUACAAUCACAAGGAUCAUUGGUUUCCUUUGCGACCGGUCGAUUCGGACUCGGAGGUGCAGGGCAUGGCCCACAUUGAGGUGCAAUUCGAAGAGGUGCAACCGCCAAUACAUGAACAACGCAUCAAUUUGAUGCGACCCAGCGAAUAUGAUCGCAGUGACAUCAUUGAGGACAUUAGCCAUCGUCAUCAACAGCAAGCUCAUCAGAAUGACUACAAAGAGAAUAGUGAGUUGAGUAAUAUACAGCGUGGCUCGCUAAAAUCGCGUGGUCUAUUCGGCACACAUACAGAGCAUAGUACGAAUUGGAAAAAUGUAUUGGCAAUUCGGCAUGCGCGUGUUGCAGUACGCUGUCUUGAAUGUGUCGAUUUGGCCAAGAAGAAUGGCACUUGUGAUCCAUAUGUUAUAUUUACCGCCACAUAUACGAACAAACGACAAGUGACGCGACGCACAAAAGUGCGUGAAAAGACCGUGAAUCCUGAAUUUGAUGAGACGGUUUACUUUGAUCUCUGCAUCGAUGCUGAUAAUCCGACAACCAAGUCGAUUUCCGCACAUCAUGACGCCAGUACAACAAACUCCAACAAGGCCUAUACAAUUUAUCCGCUGGGUGGUGCCGAUCUUUGUGAGAUAUCUAUUGCGCUGUGGCACCAUUCGGCGGGCAUGGCGGACAAAGUAUUCCUUGGUGAAGUGAAGUUACCCAUUUUGAAUAAGCAGCAGCAAGUCGCUGCGCAACAAUCCGCUUGGUACUUUCUGCAACCGCGUUCAGCUGGCGCAUCGAAUCGGUCGUUAUCGUCGACGCCGCGUUCGUGCGCUACCCCACCUGGCACACGGCUCAGUUGCGAUAACACUAUCGGCACUUUGCGCCUAAAACUUCUCUACACUGCUGAUCAUGUCUUCCCGCUAGCUACAUAUGACGACUUAAUGAACCUGCUGUUGGAAUCGGUCGAUCAACGACCCAUUACUGUGUCUGCUGUCUCCAUACUGGGCGAACUGGUGUCGAGUAAGACGGAUAUGGCGCAACCGCUGGUGCGUCUAUUCACACACACCGGCCGUAUUGCAUCGAUCAUUAAAGCAUUGGCCGAUCAUGAAAUUUCCAACCUAACCGAUCCCACGACGAUCUUCCGCGGCAAUACACUUGUUUCGAAAAUGAUGGACGAAGCUAUGCGGCUAUCGGGCCUACCAUAUCUACAUCAGACGCUACGACCGGUGCUGGCGCAAAUAUUGGCCGAAAAGAAGCCCUGCGAAAUAGAUCCGUCCAAAGUGAAGGAUCGCUCGGCAGUCGAUACAAAUUUGAAUCAUCUGCAAGACUAUGUGGAGCGUGUCUUUGAUGCAAUCACAAAAAGUGCGGUGCGCUGUCCGAAGGUGCUGUGCCAGAUAUUUCACGAUCUACGCGAAUGCGCUGGCCGACAUUUCCCACGUAAUCAUGAAGUGCGCUACUCAGUGGUUUCCGGUUUUAUAUUUUUGCGCUUCUUUGCGCCAGCUAUACUAGGACCCAAGUUGUUCGACUUGACGACAGAGCCAUUGGAUCACCAAACGAAUCGUACACUGACGCUGAUUUCUAAAACUAUACAAUCACUUGGUAAUUUGGUGAGCUCACGCUCUUCGCAACAGCCAAACAAAGAAGAGUACACCGGUCAGUUGUAUAAGCGCUUCUACACGGAUAAGCAUGUCCAAGCGGUGAAACAUUUCCUGGAGGUAAUAUCCACACCGGGCGAAGAUUCGCGACUGUCGGGUGAUUCAGCCAACAGUUUAUUGCCAGUUGUGUGCCCUGCGGACGGUACACUCGAACCAGUAUUACUUAAAGAGGGCGAUGGGAUGAUGACGAAAUAUCCACAGUGUCGUAAACGUUUCGGCCGUAGCCGUUUCAAGCAACGUUACUUUCGCCUAACAACAAAAACCCUCAGCUAUGCCAAAUCGAAGGGCAAACAACCCAUCUGUGAUAUUCCAUUGUCGGAGAUUGAGCGCGUCGAGCAGCUAAACGAGAAGAGUUUUAAGAUGCAAAACUGUUUUAAGAUCAUUCGCAAAGAGCGUUCAUUGAUUGUACAAGCAACGAAUUGCGUGGAGGAGCGUGAAUGGAUCGAUUUGUUGCACAAGAUCUGCCUUACAAACUCCAUCCGCAUGCAGUAUUUCCAUCCGUCCGCCUUUGUGAAUGGCGUCUACAGCUGUUGUUCGCGUUCCGACGAAAAUGCGCCCGGCUGUCGCACUGUCUCUGCCGAAGCGAUCAAUUACUUUCAAAUGGAUCUUGUCACCUCACUCGAUCCCGCGCUUGAUCUGCAACGAAUUCAUACGCUGAUUAUGUCGCAUAUGACACAAAUGGCUGCACCGCUUGAUCCCAUUGCCUUCCAUCAUCUGCCGCAGGGACACAACCCACUUGGGCCCACAUCAUUGGCGUUGCAGCAGCAUUCAACAGCCGCAUAUGCUGAAUUUCAGGCGACAAUCGAACAAUUGCGCAAAGUCGCCUACGCCAUCGAUCGCGAUCAUCGCAACUACAAGGCGGGCAUUGCGCGGGAAUUGAAAUAUGGCAGUCGACAGGCGCCGAUUGGCGAUGACAACUACUUACAUAUGAUGCAUGCAGCAGGUCAUUUCAAUUUGCAACAACAUCAGCAACAACAACAACACCAGCAGCAGGUCGUGUUGCACUCACAACAGCAGCAACCACAGCAAGUUUUGCCGCAAAUGCAACAUGUGCGUGCAUAUCCAUAUCAGCUGAAAUAGCUGAUGAAAUGAGGUGAAGUGCAUGCGAAGACGAUGCAGCAUUAGAAAGAGAGACAGAGAGAGAGUGGUGAAACGUGUAGAAGAAUGCAUGCAUUUGAUAUGAUAUGAGAAAAAAUUCGAAAUCGCCUUAUCAAGGGCUUCACAUUGGAUGAUAUGUACCUAAACACUUGAAAAGCAAUAGGUACUUACCAAGAAAAGUUACAUAUUUAUAAAUAUUAAUGUAUGUACAUACUAUAAAGGCAGCUAUAACUGAGCGUAACGCUCAUCCUUUGUUCUGGCGUUUAAUUGAAGCUGCUGGUAAUCUUACCCUAUACCCAAGCAACUAACACAAAUACCAAGCAACCAAUACUACAAGCAAAAGUUCAAAUUCUGUAUAAAAAUUAUGUUCUAAAUAUUUUUAUAUACAUAGGUACAUUAUAUGUACAUAUGUAAUUGCGUACAUCUAUUAAACAAAUACUUUGUACGAAUUAUUAUUAGUAUACUAACUAGAAAUAUUCGCAUUCGUAUACACGCAUUCGUAUGAACGGACAUGUGAGACUAUUUAUUUUAUAUACAAUGCUAUUAAAUAAAUAAUACAUAUACCUACUUAUAUUAUAUUAAUGUAUACAUUUAAAUCGAAGUUAAGUGAAAAGUAACUGCGAGCGUUAGUUCUAAAUUAAACGCUUUGUAGUAUGUGUACAUCGUAUAUACCUACAUACUUAUGUACAUAUGUACGUAAGUAAUAAGAUAUACAUAUGUAUUUAUAAUCUAUGUUAAACUAACAAUCCUGGGUUAGACUAAAUUUUUCGCCUCAAUUCACAGAGGCAAAGCAAAAGCAAAAGCAUAGGUAAUACUGUUAAGAGAUGAACUCCAAUUUACGGCAUAUACAUACAUACAUACAUACAUAUGUUAUAUGCAUGCUCUAAGCUAAAAUACAUUUAAAUGAGUAAAUGGACUUUUGUAUAAUAGAAUGUUAGUUUAAGAAAAGUGAAGUUCUGACUAUUACAAAAUGAAAUUAUAAAAAUUCUAUAAAACUAUGUGUAGGCAAAAUUGUAAAGAAAACGGGAAAUUCAUGAAACGUAGAGGUCUAUGGCGCAUUCUGCAAAUAAGCUUUAUUUUUUUAUUUUUUUUAAUAAUGCUUUUAAUAUUGAGUGCUUUUGAUUAACUUUUCAAUGCAUUCUACUGAAUCAGUGAAUAAUUAAAAAUUAAAAAUAGAGCUGACUCUUGUUCUUAUAAAAAUCGAUUAUCAGCUAAAAAAAACUGCUAAUACAAAACUUUUUAUUUUCGAUUCAAAUAAAAAAGAAUGCGUAGGCAAUAAUUAUAAGCAUUGCUAAAUAAAUUAUAAAAAUGGCAUAUGUAUGAUUUUUAUAUAUGAACCCUGUGAGGCAUCUAUUUCAGAUUGAAAACGAAAAACACUUUGUAUGCUUUAGCAUUCUCGUCCACGAAUAUAUUGCAUAAGUUUAACUGCAAAUGAUUUUAUAACUAAAAUUAUUUUCAUGUGUUUUUAGAUUAUCGCACUAUUUUAUUUUGAAUUCGUAUUGGCCAGCAUUAAAUUUGCACAUAUUACUAAAUUUUUAUAUUAAAGUAGGCGCAUUUCCCAUUUGUAUGCUUAGAGACUGAACGGUUGUAUGAAGGAUAUUUGAGGAUUAAAAUUUUUAAUAUUAAAAAGUGCUUAUUUGCAGAAAAUUUUAUUUUUUAAAAUAUUUUUACACCAUAUUUUUCACAAUUUGUCAGCUACACACGAUCGAAAGAAAUGUGUUUGGUAUUUUUUAUGUUUUUUGUUUUCGUUUUAAAUACAUGAAUUAAUUUCUACAUUGGCAAAUACUUUGCAUUGGAAGCCAAAUCCCAUUACUAAAUAUUUUCCAGAAUACGUAAAUUUGUGGAAAUACAUUCAUAGAAGAGGCACACUAUUUUUUAUGCAUACUAUGUAAUUGCAUAUUCCGAAAGAAAAAUUGAAUUGCCUGACACUCGAUUUGUAUUAAUUAUCUGUUUUCAUGGCAAAUUGUUUCUACAUACAUACAUUCAUUUACUUUAUGCAUAAACUUCCAGUUAAAAACUAUUCGUUGUUUUUAGUGCUUGUAUUUAUUUUUUUUUUUUUAAUUUUCUACUGUACAAAAGAUACUUUGGAAAUUUGCUGUCUUCCCAUUUGCGUCUUCGCCGCGUUAUUUAUCGAGAUUUCUUCCAUACAUCUAACAUAAUUUCUUCAUUUGUUAUUUUUCUUAAAAGGAAAGCAUUCCAGAUCAUUCGUUUUCGUUGAAUUAAUUUAUUUUCGUUUUUUUUUUUUUAUUUAAACUUUUUCGGAACAUUUACAUGUAAUAUUAGUAAACUCAAACUUUGCUUAAUUAUUUUUAAGGUUGUAAAUACGUAUAAAUUUACAUUAAACGUCGCAUUUUUAAUAUCCGAAACAACGAAUCCAUUUACACACGAAUAGCCCAUAAUUGAUGAAUAGUAAGAAAGGCGUUAAAAAUAUAUUUUAAAUUAAAUUUAUUUAAAAAGCAGUAAUUCAUUUAUCGGCGUUCAUUUGCUCGUUGCAUUUUUAAUUUUAUGCUCGUAAGUUGUAGCAAUUAAUUAUUUGAAUUAGUGAAUUUUUUUUAUAAUUUUUAGUUAAUGUAAAUUAUUACUGUUAACGGUAGGCUUUAGCCUUAUUUGCUACCUGCUGUUAUUUUUAUUACUAUUACAAUCAUUAAAUAUUCAUUAUUAGUACUACUAUUGAAACUAAGUUUUUUAUUAAUUUAAUACAUAUAUGUUUAAGUUUGUAAUUGGUACAAAAUUUUUUUAAUAAAAAAAAUCCACAACUUGGCAUUUACGACUUGUAAACA